CUUUCCUCAACCAUCAUUCAUCCUUCACCAUCCAUAUUCAUGAACAAUUGUUUUGGAAGUCACUAAAAGGAAAGACUAAGUUAUGAUCGAAUAUAAAAUUUUAUUCGGUAAAAAAAAUACUUAUUCCAAAUUAAAUAACCAUUAUUAGGUCAAGAAUAAAUGAUUAUUUUUGUGCAAAGUACUUUUUAGAAUCGGGCCACAAUAACAUAAAGUCAUCGGGUCGGGUCAAAUUAUGCAAAUCCAAUUCCAUCUCAUCUUGAAUUCUUGAUUGAACAUUCCACAGUUCACUCAAAUCCCAACUAACACUCUCUCUCCUCUCUCACCUUCCUCCAUUGAAUCAACUUCAACUUCCAACUCCAUUAAUGGAAGCAGAAUUACAACCACCGAGUUCCGGAAGCCCAAUCACAAACUCUCUCGCCGGAGCGGCAGCACCUCAGAAUGCUCAACCUCUACAAACAGAUAACCUAGGCCCAAAUCUAGCCCCGAAACGCCACCGUCGGCCCAGUGUUCGAUUGGGUGAUAUUGGAGGCCAACCCGCAACUUUCCGGACAUCCAAACCCUGGAAACUUAACCCACACCGUGAAACACCCAACCCCCACAAACCCUCAUCUAAAACCCGUCCGUUAACUAAUCUGGUUACCUCCAUUAACGGAAACUUCGAUUACUCCUCCGCAGAAACCACCACAACAACCACCAACAACGGUCACAGGAAAUUUCCAAAAGAUUUUAAGUCAAAGAGAAGUAAUAAUUCCAAAAGGGCUCGCACCAAUUUCAGGAUUGACCCAGAAGAGGAGUACGAUGAAGAUAGAGAAAACGGGGGGAAUAUUAAUGAUAACGACAAUCAUGGUUUUCAUGAUGUUGUUGCUGUUGAUGACGAUGACAAUAGAGAAGAAGGGUUUAGAGAUUUCGACCCAGAAAUUGACGAGUCUGGUCCAGAUGUGCAAAGCCCAGCUAAUUCGAGAGAUGGUAUUGGGUUACAUCCAGAUAUGUGGCCUGCUCAUAAUCGAAGAUCAAUUAGAGCUAAUACUAGGUUUUCCAAUGACUUGGGAAUGGAAUCGGAUUCCCGGAAUCAAAGGAUUGGGCUGGAUGAUGGGAUUAAGAAAUGGUUGGUUGAAUUAGGGCUUGGGAGAUAUUCGCCUGUUUUUGAAAUUCAUGAGGUUGAUGAAGAAGUUUUGCCUUAUUUGACUUUGGAAGAUCUUAAAGAUAUGGGAAUUAAUGCUGUUGGGUCUAGAAGGAAAUUGUUUUCUGCAAUUCAAAAACUUCGAAAAGGGUUAUCUUGAGUGAGUUUUUGUGUUGAAUUUUCUCUUUUUAUAUGAUAUGAUAUACUACUAGACUACUAGUUGAGUUGUUUAUUCACUUUUACAGAGAUGAUGUAUGUUGUAACAUGAUGUAAUGUUUUUCAUAGUAAUAAAAGCAAAAAUGAUGAUGAGAAUAAUGGUUGAAUGGAAUAACUGUUUUCUCUUAUGUGAAAUUGAUGUUGGGUUGUUGUUGAAAUGUCAUGUCUUUUAUGUCCGAUCGAGAUUGCUACAUUACAGUAUGUAAACGGGACGGGAAAGUUUUACUAGUCAAAUGUAGCAAUCUCGGUGGAAUAAGAAAGUAUUUAGUUUUGAGUUAAGUUGUUCCAGAAAUGGAGUGUAACUGUGUAAGCUUAUCCAAGAAUUGGCACUUUCUUGAAUUGGGAAACACAAAAGUCUUGUUUAGGAUGAUUACUUUCAGUUAACAAGUCAGAUUUUGAAUAAAAUUGGUAUGCUUACUUGUUUAGCGGAGUAAUUGAAACUAUCACCAUCAGUGAGAAUUGUUUAUGGCUUACUAAAUGUUUGUGACAGCUAAAAUGUCUCGUAUACUGUAACUCUAUUUAUACCUUCAUUUGAUAAAGUACUAGUAAUGCUGACUUGCUGAGUAAUGAAAAUGAUCUUACUUCUAUCAUUAGGGUCAGUACUCUGUACAAAAACAGGCUCUGAAGGAAUACUAGUAUGCUCAACCAUAGUGUGAAAAUAUGGUUUCUGUUGUGGUUGCGGUGAAGUUUGAGAUAUGGAUCUUGUGCUUAAUACGGACGAUCGGGGAGACAUUUAGGAUACUGUCGUGAUACGAUGUAAGCGUAUUUACUUCUUUGAAGUAAAAGUAUCUAGAACUGCUACUUAAAUAGAUGUGUAUAACGUAAAUGGAUCUCUGGAUCUCUUCUUGUUGUGGCAACAAAUAUAGAAUUUCCUAGAUCAUCUCUGUUUCUCUUUCUCCUUGUUAUAUAACACACUGGAAACCGGAAAGGAAAUUAUUCAAAUAGUAGAAUCUUUCUGGAGCUUCAGUAUUAUGGACUGUCAUUUUUUGUGUGGGAGAAAAGUUCUCUUCUUUUGGGAUUGAAAAUUUAUUAAUCCCUCUUAAAAAGUUUUCAAAUUUCUAUAGAUUCUUGAUCGAGAUUAAUGGGACAGUCAAAUGUGUAUGACCUGAGGAUUGUUGCUCGUUUGAAUGAUGAAAAUUACUGCCAUCACAAAAUGUUUAUUCAGUGACAGACAAAACUUCCUGAUAGGAUAGGAGCUUUCUUUAGUAGUUACCUCGGAUCACUUUUUUCUAAUAAACAAUCUCAUUCAUCGGAUCACUGGCGAGUUAUCGGUAAGUAGACUGUCUUUAUCUUGCCAGUUACCUCGAACAGUUUAGGCUUGACAGAUGAUUUUAAUGAAAUUCAUCAAGGGAACCUAUGCUCUUUGAUUUUUGUUGGAGAUGUGCAUGUUUGGGGUGAAGAUGGAAAGUUAAAGUGCGAGAUCCUUUGUCUGACUGAAAGAAUUAAUUUUCUCGAUAACAGCUUCUGGGACAAGAUGCUAUGAUAUUAUAUUUUGAUAGAUUGUCUCGAUGAAAGGAAGAUAGGCUUCAUUUUCGCGCUCAUAGAAACUUUAAUGGAGGCUUAAUAUAGAGCGCUCACCUGCAAAUGCUCUGUUAGCUCUCCAAAUUGGUGGUUAAUUGCUAUCCUUUCAAAUUGAUUUUCUUUGCAAGCUGCAGUCUGAAUUAAGUCGAUGAAUGUUAUUCUUUGCACAAACAAAUACCAAAGAAAGCUGUCUGCAUUAACUCAACCUGCUGCUUCCGAAGCUAGUUAUGUCCAUAUACUUGUGUCGAAGACACCAUAAUUCUACGAAUCUACGGUCAAGUCUCAGGGUGGUCACUGAUAGGUUUGAAGUUGCUGAUGCAUUCAGUGUUGGCUGCUGUUUGGUGUCUGCUGUGAUCCUGCAACUUUAUCCUAUUUUCUGUUGUUAUAUGUGGUACAGGAAAUAAUAUUUCUAUGUAACCAUAAAAAGCUUCCUUUUCAAUUUGCUGUGAUUCUUGCAACUUGUGAGAACCUCUGCUGAUAUAUCUACCAUUGAAUUUUCUCGAUUGCUUCAAAACUCUUCCCGUUGUUGCUAAACAGUGUCAUAAACACGACAGUAGUUACAUUCCAACGAAGAUUGACUGAGAACAGCAUAAAGCUGUGCAAUGUGGACACUGAAAGAUAGAGCUCUACAAGAACAUUUCAUCUUCUAAGGUAAUUGCUCCAGCAGUUUCCUGAUUAAUGCUGUUUAGAACCUACCUUGAAACGUUUUGUUUGUGCAUUUAACCCCCAUCCCCAUUGAUUUGGCGUUAACAGUGGAGUUUGUGUGCAUUCACAAGGAUGAUCGACUCUUUAUACUAACAAAAAUGGAGCUUGGAGUAGUUUUACUACAUGAUGUAGCUAUUGAUUUGUAGAUCCUGAAGUUGAAAGGAGGUAACCACAAUCUUAAAUUUUUGAGUUGCUGAAAUUAGACUAUGUUACAUGAAUGAGCUUCAGUAGAGCUAUUCAAAAUUAACCCAAGAUUUAACUCGAAAUAACCCUAUAACUAAUAAA